AUGUACGACGCUGUCGUCGUGGGACUCGGAGGUGUUGGUUCGUUUGCUUUGCGAGCCUUAACUCACAGCGGUACCCGUACAGAUACAGAAUUCGUGAGCAAUGACACCAACACAAAGAACCCAAAGGGCAAGACGUACUUGGGCAUCGAACGGUUUGCCCGCUGUCACGAUCGUGGUUCGUCGCAUGGAUACACCCGCAUCUAUCGACAAGCGUACUUUGAACACGCCAAUUACGUACCCUGGUUAAAGUUUUCCGUAAAAGCCUUCCGAGAACUUGAAGUCGCCCAAAAUGUGUCGCUCUUGCACGAAUCUGGCUGCAUCGUGAUGGAGCCAGCCGUUGCUCAAACGGAAGGAGAUCCCUCCCAAAUUUCCAUGCCACCGUACUGCAAGGCGUCGUACGAAUCCGCCCUACGGCACGACAUUGAUGUGGAGUUUCUUGACACGACGGCCUUAAAAGCACGCUUUCCUCAAUUUCUAUCCGACCACGAUAUGGUGGGACUAUUGGAACCCCAGGGUGCGGGCUUAGUUCGGCCCGAACGCUCCAUCGAGGCGGCUUUGCGAGACGCCGCAGAGCACGAGGGUGUGAAAAUACAAGAGCAUACCCAGGUCUUGUCUUAUCGGCAAAAACAAUACCACGAUGACACCGAGAUUGUCGAAGUCGUCAUUCAACGGGACGGAGAAGACGCAUCCGAAACGAUUCUGACUAAAUCGCUCCUGAUAGCCGCCGGUGCGUGGGCCUCGACUUUUGUUCCUUCUUGGAAACCGUACGUUGUUCCCAAACGGCAAUUGCAAGGAUGGAUCGAUGUAUCUCAUACCGCGGAUGCGUCAUUGUACGACGGGGGUAAACUACCGGGGUGGAUCCUCGUCACACCAUCGUGGCCGGUACCCAUGUACGGGCCGCCGUGUGAUCCGAGCGGCGACGAUCCGGCUCAUCGCCAUUGGCUCAAAGUUGGCUUGCACGGAAGAGACAUACCGAUCGCGGAUCUCUCCCAAAAUCCCCGCGAAGCAUCGGAAGACGAAAUUCAAGAAGUCCGCGAGGCAGCAACCCAGGUAUUUACCCGGGACGUCUGGGCCAAGAACGACGACCAGAAAUUUCCUGAUCUAGCGCAAGUAACACCGUGUAUAUAUACCAUGACCCCCGACACUCACUUCGUUAUUGGCUCACCGCCGCUUCUCUCUGAUCGGCUUGGAACGAGCCCUGCUCCAAAAUCGUGCGUCUUUGCGAUUGCUGGCUUGUCCGGACACGGAUUCAAAAUGACUCCGGCCUUGGGACAAAUGAUGGCGGAUUUUGCUAACGGUGUUGACGUUGAAAGCGUUUGGGGAACGUCUUUUUGUUCACCAUUCCGCUUUGGCAUUUAA